GCGUGGGUCGAUUGAGUCAUUCUUGAAAUGUAUGAUGGAGGUCCAGAGGACAACAUACAAGGAAAAAUCUGUGGGAAGAAAGGCGACAAAUCCAAAGGAGUGCCAGGAAGUUCUGACCAACGCACACCCAUAUUUUGUGGCAGUAAUUGAUCGGGCCAAUGUCAAGACUGAUUUAGAAGAGAGGGACAUGACAUUGGUGCUCUUCUACUUAGAGGCUCUCUUGACUUUGCAGCACCUACAGAAGCCAAGUGUCCUUCUGAACAUGACUGUUCAACAGUGGCUGGAAAGGACACGUUACCAGGGACACGCUACAGGCAGCGUAGCAGCUGUCAUAAAGGUGAAGGCUGAAAGAGAGCAUAUCGUAGUCCUUCAAGAAGCAGAAGAGAUGUGGUUUGACACCUUCUUCAGAAGAGUACGACCAAUUUUUAUCAAGAGAAGCUUGAAAGGAGAAAACUAAUAUUUUUUUGUCUCCAGUAAAGGACAAAAAAUCAAGAACCCAACAUCCGAUGUCCGCAGAUUUCAAGAAAGGUUUGAUGCUUGUUUGGCCAGCGGGCAGGAAACACUGGACAUUUUUACAAAAGUCAUCAGUGACAGCAACUUGAGGGACCAGGAUCUCAUUAAAAGAUAUCUGAAGGCAGAUUCAAGUCGGGAUGAGAGCAGCAUUAACGACUAUAUACGUGCUGCCAUCAGAGUGAGUGAGCUGCAGAGGACAUGGGUCGAACCCUCACACUCAAGAGAGGGUGAGCAUUCGGGUGAGCAUUCGGCACACCAAUCAGAAAAAGAAUAAGCAUACAAGAACCUGGAGGAAAUAUAUCCAGUGGAGCCUGACACCGAUGGCCCAAGACUGAAAGAAUGCCAGGCAGUUUCAGAAUUACACGGGAGAUACUGCUACGACAGAUGGAGGAGGCGACAGAAACAGAUCCGUAUGGAUGUCAUCAUUGCACAUUACAAGCAUGAAAAGCCAACCCCCAGCCAAGUCCAGAGCUACCUGAAGCGGCAAGGGUGGCUUAAGCAUGCCCCAACUGUGGAAGACAUCCUGCUGUACUGGGAGGCCAGCGAAAAGCCAAAACCUGAUGCCAUUGAAAGAAAAAUACAAAGUUUUGUCAAGACUCAACAGUGGCCAGGAUUAGCUGUUGUGGAUGAUCCUGUCAAAGGACAGAAAGUAGUAACUCUCCAGGACUUUAAAAAAGGAGACUACAUUUGUGACUACCAUGGGCCGGUCAUUUCAGCAAAGGAAGGGGAACGGCUGAUGAGGUCGGUGGAACAGAAUGAAAUGGGAUACUUAUAUUUCUUCUUGGACAGAGGGAAUAAAAGACUCUGUAUCGAUGCCCAAAAUGUCCCUUGCUCCUGUCACAGUGAGCUACCGACAACUUACGGGAGAAAAAUUAAUCACUCUCGUAAAAGGCCAAACCUUAAACCUAUGGUAAAAUAUUUCCCGGAUGACACAAGGCCGCACAUUUUGUUUUCGGCAAACAAGGCCAUUGAUGCUGGAACAGAAUUGCUGUUUGAUUAUGGAGUCACACGGAAGUCCUUUUCUGGGGAGGGGGCAGAUCUACCAUGGAUUGAUGAGUAGAUACCCUCAAACUUUGUACAUGUGAUCAAACUUGAUGUGAGGAAAAUAACUCUUAUGACUUAAACAACAGUCGUGCCCCUUUGCUGCCAGAACUCCUCGCCCUGUUCCUCUCGUUAAGUCCAGGUGGCAUCUGAGUAAGCUGAGCGCUCCUCCCGAAGCCAAAGGCGGUCACACUACUGGUGAAGCCGAGACCAGGAGCAUCUGUUCUGGUUUAGGGUGCCGACCGUGACACUUUGACAUGCUAGUCUCUACACUUGUUGGCACAUCAAUCAAGACUCUAAACAGACUUAAUACUUCCAUCCAUGAGUUCCAUAACUAA